CAAAAUGCCGCUCCAAAUAAAAGCAUUGGGAUACGUUUUACAACCAGGUGAACGCUUUAUAGACAGUGACGAUAUCGAAGAUUAUGAUGACGAUGAUGAAAUCACUGAGGAAACCUCUUCACAGAAACGCAUACACAUCAAUAAAACGGAAGAAAUUAUAGCCAAGAUCAAGGAAAUCAUCCCAAAACGCAAUGGCAAGGAACUACCGUGGAUUGAAACGCUAGCGCUGACGUCUGACGAACCGUGCAGUAAAGAAUUCAACCACAAUGAAACAUUAAAGGUGGAACAACAUUUUAAGGAUAUUGCGAUGAGUUGUGUAAAAGAUGGGUUGCAGCGUCUAGUCAAUCUAGGCAUCGAUUUCAACAGACCGUCGGACUUCUACGCGGAUAUGAUCAAAACUGAUUUCCAAAUGGAACGUGUGAUGGCCAAAUUGGCCAAUCGUACAAAACGAAUACAAGAGAAACGCAAUGAACUGAAUAUGAAGGUGAAGAAAGGGUUCGACAAACAGGUGAAGCAAAGGCAACGCAAAAACCAAUUCAUCAAGGAAGUUGAGGAUAUUGUGAAAAAUCGUAAAGAUGAUGUUCCAGUUGAACGUCAAAUUGACAGGCUCAUCGAAAACAAUUCUAACUCUAGUUCUGGAAAAAAAUCAGAUAAUAAAAUCCAAAAGUCGGGUAAGAAAAAGGUUCUUGGAGCUAAUUCUAGGGGAUCAAAGAAACCAGCUAGUGGAAGGAAAGGUGGUAAGACGAAGAAGAAUGAUACCAAGAAGUCCUCGGGUAAAAGCUCUCGCCGUACAAAAGGUCAAAGCCGUCCUAAAGGUGCCACGAAGAAAAAAGGAAAAGGACGCAAGUAAUGUUGUUCAGUUUUUAUGUUUGCU